GGUCUAACUACUUCAAAUACGGUAAAAAUAUGAGUGCUUCCGCGACGAAAACUCUUUGGCUGCUGAAGGUGCAGGAACGCCUACAACAGACAAACCUAAACAAGCAACCAAAGAGAACGACUCCAUAACACCACUUMGCAUUUAAAUGAGGUCAUAAUUGUUUGGGAUAAAAUGUUAAACUCUUCAAAUAAACAUAGUGUCCUUUUAAUCGACCGUGUUUAUAAGUUUAAGAAUAUAAGUAACUUAACUUAAUUUCUUAAUAACGAGUGCUUUAACUUGAAGGUUAUCCGACCUUCAACAUAACCAAUSUUCACAUGAGACCUGGUAUUAGCAAGCCUUCGUUUUCUUAAAACUAUGCCAUAGGGUAUCAAAAUAGCUUCAAUAUACCAAGCCAUAWACCUAAAAAAAAUUGAUUUGCAUCAAUGCGAAAUAACGGAAGUAUAAAAAGCGAAACUUCUGCUCUUGUUUGCUUGCAGGAAGGCAAAGGAAUUUAAGCUUAAUAAAUUUAUUAGUAACAGAACAAUUUUAAUAACCUCAGAUCUGAUCAACAAAAUGACGAUAAAUAGUAUUCCAUAMUGCAAGGAUACGAAUAUUAAAUCGUCCAUGUAUCGUUUCUUGAGAUUUUCCACGAUAGACGCCUCUUGUAUCUUGGGCAAGAGGACCAUAUCCUCCACACCACUGGACUUGACAUUGCCUUUACUCUGCCAAUGAUAGUUCGAAGGCUGCGAAUAAAAUCAAUUAAAAUUGAGUUUGGCUCAAAAACUUKCUCAAACUCACCCCAACUUACCAUGGUUAGGCAGUGUCACGAUAAGCAAAAGUCUCAAUUAUUUUUUGUGCUGUUAGAGUGUAUAAGAUAGUAUGCCUACUCCACUAGCUUUCSUCAUUUCAGCGAUGCGGCGGCCAAACUGUUUUCAUUUGGGAAACCGAUGUCAACUCGUUUUUUUCUUACAUCCAAUCGAUUUAAGCUCGGAUGGGUAUCGCAAACGGUAAAGACAUCAUGAUUGGACAGAUUGUGAAAAAUUGACCAAUCAAAGUAUUGUUCAUUCUUUAGUGGUUUCUCUCGGUUMGCUUGCUUCUAAAAAUAGCGAUGACUUCAACGCAAAGAUAAUGAAUGGACAAGCGAAUGCAUAUGAGAAAAGAAUUUGGUUUGUAUUGAAAAUCAUACCCAUUGCUUUUUCAAGCUGUUAAUAYCAGUGAACGAAUAUGCAAUUUAAAAAAGAUACCGCAUCAGCACUUGAGUGAGUAAAUGUGAGAAAUGUGAGAAACAAAAUACAAUUUAGGAUGUUCAAGUGACAUUUUACCGAUCACCAAGUUUUCUUGUUUAUGGAAUUCAAGAAUACGUGUCUAGGAAUAGCAUAUUAAUAGCAUUCUUUACCGAUGAGGUAAUGCUGAAUAUUAAUGAAUGGCAACAGGUGUAAGGGUUAUAACUUGCUCUUAGUAGGUUGCUACGGACAACAACCAACUACGCUAUUUCAAAAAAGAAGAAGAGGAAGAGAAAGUCGUUUCUUUCAGUUCUCCGGUUCUUCGUCUUUAAGGCGUCUUUUCCAAAAGAUUAAUACAKGUUAUAAAUUUUAUUUUAUGGUCGUUGCCACCAAAGAGACACUGUUUGUUAAAGAGGAAAGCACCAAGUGCCACCGACUAAAGCAGUCAUGAGAAAUGAAUGAGUACUUGGUUUUUGCUCUCCUCGGCUGGGCUUUGUCCACAGAUAUAGUAGGGGCGGAUCCAAUGCUGGUGGGGUGCAAGUGCCCCCCUCCCCGUUUUGUAAAAUCCCUGCGUAAAWAUAUAUAGAAAUAGAUAUUAUUCAUAUGCAUGACUGUAUGAUACACCAACAAAAGAAAUUGUAGAUGAGGCCCCCASCUCUUCUCAGUUCAAAUAAUUUGGGCUUCCUGUUUUCUGUCAUCAAGUACUGUGGGCUCAUCCAACUUGGGUCAUCAUGUGGACCGGCCUCAAACAUCCACACUGAAUGACUUGGAAGAAAUUCGUUCUUUGUGUAACGUAGACUGAAGCCCGCAAUAUGUCUUCUAUCCCUUGGAAUGCUUUUGGUGCUGCUAGGGUUCGUCCUCGUCGAUUUCCACGUGUAAAGCGAGGGGGAAAGAGAAAACCAAUACCAAAAGUUGAAGAAUGGAAAAUAGUGCGUGGGGAUAAGGUGAGUUGCUUGGAAGAAGUGUUUAGUGUGUGCAAAACGUGGAAAACAUUUUAUUUCCCUAAUUUGCACCAAAGAUACUUCAAACCAUAUGGGGAGUUUCCUGGAGGAUUCUUUCMAAGUGAGGCACCCUUACAGUUGAACCAAGUUUCUCUUAUAGAUCCAAAAGACAGUAAACCUACAGAUGUUGUAUAUAAAUACACUGAGAAAGGAGARAAGGUACGAGUGUCAACACGCAGUGGACACAUUCUUGCCAAGCCAACAUGGGAGAGAAGAGAUUGGAAAGUCAGAUCAGCUGUGAAAGAUGGUAGCUCUGACACCAGCCCAACAGCAUCUGCAUCAGUUACAUAUCUUCCUUCAUUGCUUCACUUCCAUGAAGAAAUAAUGAAAAUAUUAGACAUCAAACCUACAGUCCCUAAAAUGGAGUUGGAAAGGMGAGACGCCAUAAUGAAAGAAAUAGAAAAYGCUUGUGAUUGGACCAUACAGAAAACAGACWUCAAAGACACCAAAUUAGGAAUUUAUGAUAAUAUUGURUUAUUUUUAAUGAAUUUUAAAAAUCGAUUUUUCAGAUAAGGAGAUCGAGAUAUUCRAACUGCAAUAAUAUCACAUUCGAUGAUCAUUCUCAUCGUUUUAUUGUCAAAUAUCUUGCAAAAAUAGCAAUUGUUAUCAGUCCCAAUGCGGGACUAACACAUUAGCGAACUUUGCAAAAUUAUUUAUUAAAAAAAGUUCGCAAUUUUUAUGAUUACGUAUAAGGUUAAAAAUACAACUAUAACAAAGUGGAUACUCCGUCCUAAAGGCGUCGUAAAGGACUGGAGUAACCACAAAAAGUCAAUCCAUUAACAUUGUAUUAGUUGUAAAGAUGUAAAAACAAAAACAAAGUGAUGUUUSCAUAUAUCAUAAAUAAUAUUGUAUUUWUUGCAAGAUUAUUUAAAACUUUACAACAAUGUCAAUAACAUUAUCUGAAAUCUUAGAGCAACAUCCUUGCAGGGGAUUGAAAAGCACAAUUUUAUGCAUUAGUCACUUGAAUCAUGAAAUAGAAACUAAAUACUUAGUAGAGUGGUUCUCAUUAACCUGUGAAACAAAGUGUAAUAGUCAAAGUGUAAUAAAGUGUAAUAGCC